AUGGCUUCUGCACGCGUUCCCGACAGUGUAAACUUUGCUGACCCCGAUUUCGAAGCCAAGGUCAUGCGCAUGCUGGAAUCACUAGACUCAGAUGUGGAUAUGUCCGACCAAGAUGAAGAUUACGUUGAAGAAAGUGAAUAUGAUACCGAUUCCGAAUUAGAUCUAGAACCGAAUGAAGAGUUUGAUCAAUCCAAUAAUCAAUCAGUACAAGUGAGUGACAACGACUCAUCGGAUAACGAAGACCCGAAUUAUUAUUAUGGUAAAAACCGCUUUAAAUGGUCUUAUACCGAACCAAAAUGA